GCCUCUCCCUCUCAUCAGCACUGUUGAAAGAAGAAAAAAUGUCGGUGUCAUCUCCUGAAAUCAAAUGUGAGACUUCCAAAGUCACCAGAAGUUCCUUUGGCAGUUGUUUUAUUUUUGACAGUAGUUGGAGGAAAGCAGUUUUAGAAACACAAAAGAUUAGGAAAGAAUAUGCCACAGCAUUUGGUAGAGGAGACCUCAAAGAAUGUAUCAAAAUGCCUUAUUUACCAGGACUGCAAAGUUGCCAAAAAAGUGUAAGUUCGACUUCACUAGAGGUUCCGAAGAGACUGCCACGUGCUGAUGCCAAGGUGUCUGCAGUCAGGUUCUGGCUUCAGUGAUCCUCUCACUGGAGCAUCAGCCCAAUACUUAGAGAGACUUUCCAAAAUGGCCAUAUUGGAAUAUAAUACCAUUUGUCAGGAAACAACCAGGAAAUCAAAAAAAGGCAGGAAGCGAGAGCUCCGAGACUGCUGACAAAUGUCACACAGUGUUAUGCUUUCUUCAGUG